AUGGCCAAUACACAGCAUAUUCUCAUCACAGGCGCCGGUGGCUUCAUCGGCCAAGAAAUCAUAGCUCCUCUUCUCAACUCCUCACCCUCAAUCCAUCUCACAAUAACCGACAUCUCUGAACCUCCCGUCCCAACUCAACACGCCCAGCGCAUCACUUCUCUCGCCGCAGAUCUCACCAAACCCUCUGUCGUCGAACAACUCAUAACAUCUCAGCCCUUUGAAGCAGUGUAUCUCUUCCACGGGCUCAUGUCCGGCGGCUCAGAAGCGAAUCUCGAUCUCGGUCUUCAAGUCAACGUUGAUUCAGUCCGCUACGUUCUCGACGCUCUGAGAAAUAACCUCCCCGGAGUCAAAGUUGUGUUUUCGAGUUCUUGCGCUGUUUAUGGACCGGAGGAGGGAUAUGUUACUGAGAAGACACUGCCGCAGCCGAGAUCUUCGUAUGGUGCGGAGAAGCUUAUUGCUGAGUUGUUGGUGAAUGACUUUUCGAGAAGGGGCUUGAUCGAUGGGAGGAUCGUGAGGUUGCCGACGGUGGUGGUUCGACCUGGAAAGCCCUCCGCUGCAGCGUCGAGUUUCGCGUCAGGUAUAGUCCGCGAAAGUCUGCAGGGCAUUCCUAACGUCCUCCCCGUGCCGAAGGAUAUAUCGAUGUGGAUCUGCAGCCCAGCGACUGUGAUCAAGAACUUGAUCAAUAUCAAGGAUAUACCCGCCGAGAAGUUUGGAGACUCAAGGAUUGUGAAUCUUCCAGGUAUUACUGUUAGUGUACAGGAUAUCCUAGAUGCUGUUGAGAAGGUUGGUGGGAAAGAGGCGGUUGGUUAUGUCAAGGAGGAACAGGACGAGGCAUUGUAUAAGAUUGUGAAGAGCUGGCCGCCGUGGUUUGAUGCGAGUAGGGCCAGGGGUCUUGGGUUGGAUGGGGAUGGGGAGUUGGUUGAUGCUGUCAAGGCUUUCCAGGAGAGAUUAAAGAGUUCACAGUAG